AUGGCCUCCCACCGCAUCGGCGCCCGCCUCGCGGGCCUCUCGCCAGAGCAGCUCGUCGCCUUCAUCGACGAGCAGGCGCCUCUCUGGAGCGCCGCCGCAAUGCGCGUGGCGGAGGAGCACGCCGCUCGGCUCGCGGAGCAGCCCGAGAGGGUGCUCUCCGAGGUCCUCCUCUCGCCGGACCUCGCCCCGCACAUCCUCGCCCAGCUGCCGACCAAGGAGCACGCCGCCAAGGGGACGCUUGAACGUGGCAGCCACUAUCUCACCGGAGGUAAGCCGUACCAUGUCCGAGGAGGCCACCGGCCAAAAGCGCAUGUCUUGAAGGUCCGAUACUGGAAGCCCAUAUAG